AAUCCAGCGUUAUACCCGACUGAGUUUACAUCAUUAUCAUACGAUUAUCUCACCAUAGGCCGACCGAGCACAGGUUGGUACAUCCUUUCUAUUUCUCAAGGCGAGUUUCCGUUCUAUUUUGGGCGCCAUCUUCCAGCAGUUGAUUUUUUUUGGGAGCAUGACUCCUACAGACCUCUAAAGUCCACCGGCAUCGAUCGACCGAACGAAUAUUCACUUAACGUCUCAAGUGCCGGCAAAAGCGACAUUCCUCUGCUGUAUCCAUGUCACAGCCAUGGGAUUAUAUUGCUAAACUUGUCUGCAUUGGGGACUCGGGGACUGGGAAGUCCAGUUUGACGAUCCGACUUUGCGAAGGGCGCUUUUCGUCCUCCCAUGAUGUUACAAUCGGUGUCGAGUUCGGUUCGCGGAUUGUUCCGGUGGGCCCGCCAGCUUCAAAGGCCUUGGGAGGCGAGUUCGACGGUUCUAUCCGCAAUCGUGCCCCUUCAAUUACACCUUCGCCCUUAUUGCCCGCUACGGCUACAACCAGCGAAUCAGUCGCUUCUGGACUGCCCAGUCCUCCACGUAGGGUACAAGAGCUCCAGAAAAGAAUGAAGUUGUCGCUAUGGGACACCGCUGGCCAAGAAACGUACAAAUCUAUUACCCGCUCUUAUUUCCGUGGUGCUUCGGGUGCCCUCCUGGUCUUCGAUAUUACUAGGCCUUCUACAUUUGUAUCGUGCACACAGUGGCUUCAUGAUCUGCGGCAAAUUGCAGAAGACGGCAUCGUAAUUGUUCUGGUCGGCAACAAGAGUGAUCUUGCCGGUGAUGACUCGAGAUCGCAUCAGACGGUCACUAGGCAAGAAGCGGAGGAGUGGUGCCGUUUGAAUAACAUCACACGGUAUGUUGAGACAAGCGCAAAAUCUGGAGAGAACGUGGAGCGUGCUUUUCUUGAGGUGGCUGAGAUGAUAUAUCGCAACAUCGAAGCUGGCAAAUAUGACCUCUACGACCGUCGAAGUGGUGUGAAGGGCUAUGGUGCCACCGGCGGAUCAAACCCGGGUAUCCCAAACACUGUCACUUUAGGCUUGGAUGAUGCCAUGCGCAAGGGUGGAAGUGGCCUGGGAGGAGGCUGUUGUUGAUACAUACAGAAUAUUAUACCUUCUAUCGAGCUUAUUGUUCAAAGGUGGAACGGAACCAUAUCUUGUGCGAACAUGUAAUAGUCCUUAUAGUCGCCCUUGCGGAAGUAUGGUUCUAUGAAAAUAUAGAAUAGCCUCGGAUUUCGCCCAUAAAUCUCUAGGUGACCUUAGAUCAUAUACAUCUCGAAUUAAUGAGAAUCAAGGCAGUUGGUACAGAAGUAUGAAGCAAUAAAUAC